CAGCACUGAUCUCACACACACACAAAAAACACACUAAAAAGUGGCUUACUGACAAAGAAAGAAACCGACGGCCUGGACCGUGUUGUGAGUACGACGCCCCGGCUCUCUUGACCCUGUUGUUGUGGACUUAGACUUGCUUCAGUGCUGGAUUAUACUGCCUGUUAGACACCAGAGCAUAAAAAGGGAUUAUUCAAAUGUUUCCUAUCGGACUAUAAGGGUUUAGUUUGGGAAAUCAUUUAGGAUAGGGUUUUUUUUGACAAGAGGCGACAAAUUCAAGGGAGGCUCAUUUAAAAUACUGUUCUAGAGGACAAUUCUAUACUUGAAAGGCACUUUCCAAGACUACAGUCAAUAGAGCGACGCCUCAGGUUCAGCAACACAAUCAAACACACAAAAGCGGCGUCACCAUGGCCACGGCCAGCUCAGAAGACGAAAAGUCUCAGCGUCCCUCCUUUGGGGACCACCGCCUGGUCAACAAAGCUCUCAGAAGGCUGGAAAAGCUCCACAAGUUGUGCGGCGACCCGCGUUUGGGUCUCAAGUCCAGCCCGCCCUUUCUUCUCGAGCUGGUUCCGGAUACCGCGUCUCAGCUCAGACGGGUCUGGGAGCCCUACCGAGGCAUCGGGGCAGUAAUGGGCCGAGCCGCCGGCGGGGAGGAGGGCAUGUACUUGAGGCUCCACGUGAGGAACCUGCUGGAUAAGACGGACCGGGCCUUGCUGCUAUUCAAAGAAGGGAGGGAAAAGAUGUUUGACGAGACGUCCAGAUGUAGGAGGAACUUGACCAAGAUGUCCUUGCUCUUCAGUCACAUGCUGUGGGAACUCAAGGCCCUUUUUCCUGGGGAACGUUACCACGGCGACACCUACACGGUCAUGCAGAAGGAAGCAAGGAGGUUUUGGAGGAUGACUUUUGCCAACAAGUGCGUCGUGCGCUGGAGGGGCUUUGCAGAGCAGCUGAGGAGAGUGCACCCCUUUGAGGAGGGGAUGGAGUCCAUGGCGCUGAAGUCCACCAUCGAUCUCACCUGCAACGACCACAUCUCUGUCUUUGAAUUUGACAUCUUCACCAGGCUUUUUCAGCCCUGGAGCUCCCUCCUGAGGAACUGGAACCAGCUAGCAGUGAGCCACCCGGGCUACAUGGCCUUCCUCACCUACGAGCAGGCAGUGGCUCGCCUGCAACACUCCCUGCACAGGCCUGGAAGCUACAUCUUCCGUCUGAGCUGCACCCACAUGGGCCAGUGGGCCGUAGGACACGUGACCAGCGAAGGCACCAUCGUGCAAACCAUCCCGGACAACAUGCCCCUCAUCCAAGCCCUCCUUCGUGGCCUCAAUGACGGCCGCUACUUGUAUCCCGACGGUCGAGAAGGGAACCCUGACCUCACCACCCUGCCUGAGAAAGGCCAAAAGCGGAAAGUCCAGGUCACACAAGAGCAGUACGACCUCUACUGCGAGGUGGGCGCCUCCUUCCAGAUGUGCAAGAUCUGUGCAGUGAAGGACAAGGACACUCGCCUCCAGCCUUGUGGUCACCUGCUGUGCCGGAGCUGCCUGGCCAGCUGGCUGCAGAAGUCGGCGGGCCACACGUGUCCGUACUGCCGCUGCGACAUCAGAGGCACCGAGACGGUCGACAUCGAGCCUUAUCUACCUGAACACAAGGAGGAGGAGGAGGAGGAAGAAGAGGAGGAGGAGGAGGACGACCAUGAGGACGUGGAGUUGUUGAUACAGCAAAUGGCUGCAAUGAGGAAGGUGGCAGGGGGCGGAGUCACUCAUCAGUGACGGCGUCUCUCGGCGACUGGGGACGCCCACGCCGCCUUCCUCAUCUGCAUGUCCCGAGGGAAGGGAGUCUGAUCCUGACUAAACAAACAGGAAAGACAUGGAGGGGUCGAGUGUUACUGUAAUAGAGCUGAUAAAACACAAAUAAUGUAUAUACUCUGUAAACUAUUCCAAUUGUGAAUAAAAAAUGCAUUUGUUUUUC